GCAGUACUACCAGGCGGCCAUCAUGAUCAACUUGAAGUUACUAUAAAGUUGAUCCGCCUCGACUCUUCGCUGCAGUGUAGCCUUUCAAGUCUUAUAGAACACAUUGCACCAAAUACACCAGUCUGUUACUCAGUGUCCCCGUGUCUCUUUCUGGUUGUGCCCACUUGUCGACCCUGAGACGCAUCACAUGCGCCACCAGCAUGUCCUCCACUCAUCGUUCGAGUCGGCCUCGUCGCGCGCCUUUAGCCCGCUAUACGAACGAUGACAGCGAUUCAGGGGAUUUGGGAGCAUCCGAACACCGUUCUCGCCCCUCUCGGUCUGUCCGACGAGUUCAGACAUACCGAGAAUCGAGCGACAACAGUUCAGACGAAUCAUCGACUGCAAUAUCUGAGGCCUCAUCUGAAGAGGUUUUAUGCACAAGGGGCACAAAGUCGCGUCCUGCACCACGACGACAGUCCCUCGAUAUGAAAUCACGCAAAAGAAAGCAACCAUCCCGAACUACGCCGGCUGCUGCAAGCUCGUUCAACUCGUACAAACGCCGGAAAGUCCAGGCGACAGAAUCUCAUUCUAAGUUGGCCACAGCAAAGCCAACACCAAGCACGCCACUGCUUUCUUCACCUCAGCGUGUACCACCAUGGCAGCAACUCCCCUAUCAUGUUCUCGUCAGCAUUAUGAAGUAUGCUGCUUUUCCCCUCUACGAAAAGGCGUCCCGCAGUAAUGGUUCCAUCAACUGGCUGUGCUCUACGUCUCUGCUCUGCCGAUCAUUUCACGAUGCCUGUAUGGCUGCGCUGCUUUAUAGCCCUCCGCUGUAUCCUGCGUGGCGAGCAAGCGGCCUUUUACGUUUGUUAGAGAGCAGCCCCAUGGCACUCACCAGGGAGUAUGGCAAGAGGAUCCAUCAUCUCGAUAUUGAAGUCAAACAUCUCCUUUGCAAGAAAAGCGGCAUCUCACUCGACACGCUUUUAUGCCACACCCCUCUCCUGCAGGGUAUACGCCUGUACUCAAAUGAAGACGACUUCAAUACGCUCAUCUGGGCGCAGCCGACCGCUCAGAGAUUGCACUGGACGUAUCCAGCGGAAAUGUUUGACCGUCUCAACACCGGUGGGAUUAUGCUGAAGAGCUUCGAAUGGAACGGUCGAUUUUCUACUGCCAUGGAAGCUCUCGAAACUGCAAUGAAUGUCCAUUCAAGCGCCUCUUUCGCGCGCCUCCGCCACCUUUCUUUCCUGAACCUAACACUUGCAGAGAAGGCCGAUGACGCGGAUCUUGCGAAGGCGCACAGCCUUCUUGCUGCUGCACUUCGACAUUCGUCAGAGCUGAAGAGUCUGGCAUUUCGCAACUGCGCUCUGCUCGACGAAGUCGCAGCCACCGCUCUACCUCUCAAUCUCGAGCAUUUGGAGUUGUCUCAUUGCCCAAGCUUGACCUCCGAGGCACUCGAACACUACUUGCGCCUAGGAGGAGGCUCGUUGAGAACACUCAAGCUCUUUGGAAACCAAUCCAUGUCUUUAGGCUUUAUGGCCGGCCUUCAAGAGCUUUGUCCACGACUGAGAGGGCUUGAAGUUGACAUGCUUUACGUCGAUCCGACCUCGUACCGUGAUAGAGACCCUCUCUACGACGAGCUGUUGCCCAAUGGCCCUCCGACUUGGCCAACCGAGCUGGUCACCAUCUCCGUAGAGAAUCUUCGUCAACUCUCGGCUGCAGACGCCGAAGCCUUCCUGACCUCUCUGGUCAACUCCUCCGAACAUUUACCCUUUCUCAGAAAACUCAACAUCAAAGCGAUCUUGAAAGGCUCUAGCUGGCGGGAUCGUGCCAAGCUAAGGAAAACAUGGUUGCCGAAGCUACAAACCGUCUUUCUUAGCUCUGCAGAGCCGUCCAGCGUUGCCAGCGAACCCUCUAACACAACAGCUCAGAGACAGAGCAGCCGGAUAGCGAACAGUCAACUCAGAAAAUCAAGUGUAGAUGCUCAAGCGGAUGACAGCGUUACCGGGACGGGGAAACCGGUGCAGCCCAGAUGUGAGGUGGUGAACCUGGUCCUGUCGGAUCAACGGCCUUCUCAAGACCAGUUCCAGGAGGCGGACUUCUUGGACGACGAGCCAGACGACGAUGCAGAUUGGAAUGGCCGUGAUACGGAAAUGGACUCCGCUGGCUAUGCAUGGUGAACGGGGAGGUUUUCUUGCGAAUAUGAUAAACACCAGAGGGUUUUACCUGAUCCAAGCCCUUGUGGCUGGGGGCGUCUACCCACUCACUGGCUUCUAUUUAUUGGCCGUCCGAGUCCUACUGUUAGAUGUUCUUCUUGGUUGCCCGGUAGAGGCGAAGGACGUCCUAGUCCCCGCCGAGAUAGGUCUCUGCGACUAAGCGUAUCUUGAGCUGCUUCAACAAGCGACCAUCAGUCGGCUGCCUCCAUACGGCAGCAAUCUACUUUUGCCGUAUUGUUUGCUGUAUUUGCUUCACUCGUAGGGAGGCACGGGCGAUCCGCAGAAUUCCAAAGCCGACUUUCGAGCCAUUCACUCGGCAAUGCCGUCCAGCAGAUCUACAACAUAUCUAGCUAGAUACAGUAGUGUUUUGAGCCCAACCGGCCUUACGAUAAAAAAAAAUGAGCACAUGUGCCUGUUGGGCAAGCUGUCCAAGACACCGACUCAUGAACCAGCGCAAUGGAUCAGCAAGAGCGUGUUGGAAAACCUGAGACCGAG